AUUUCAUGAUAGUUGAAAGUUGCAAAAAACCUGAUUGAGACCAUUUCUUAUGACAUCCCUCAUAUCAUAAUUAAACAAUGUAAUAUAGAUUUUGUGUAAUUAUGUCUUAUAUCAUCUAAUGACGCUUUCCUGAAAAUAAUUUUUAAAUGACGUCUGUUCAUCAGCUGACAGAUCUCUUUAGCAGAGGCCAUCAGUGUUUUUGAAUUUUACUUGAUAAUUAGUGGUUUCACUCAGGAAACACUUGCUGUUGUGAGAAAAUUAUCAAAUUAUUUUAGAUGAAAUGUAAACCAAAACUAUUCAACAGAUGAGUCAAUAUAAAGUCAGUCAAUUACAACAUAUAAGCACUGUACUGGAGUCAGACGUUUGUCAUGAUGUCCUUUGUAAUGCUGGUAGCUGAUACUGGUUGUGGCUUUUUAUGUAAUUAUGAAAACAGUUAAAAUCUUUUGAAAUAAUUAAUUUUUUUCAGUGUUUGUUUCUUUUAUCAUUAAUUGUGCAUAAAAACCCUGUUCUACUGGGAUGUGAGAGGUCAGCUACAGAUGGGGAUUUCAUUCAUUCAAAACUGAACUUGGUUAAAUGAUGAUCUGUCUUUUCACCACACUCUCAUGCUGUAUUCAACAGGCACUAAGUGAAGAAAACAACUCUAACAAUGAAACAGAACAUCCUGUAUCUCAAUCUAGACAAUCUACUGGAUGAGAUCUGAGACUGUCUUCACCAGAAAAAUAAAAGCACUGGUUGUUUGUACAAGUGACUUGAGGAAGAGUUCAGGUGGACGGGUGGGUCAGCAAACCAUGUGGCUUUGACAUGAGAGACAGCUGUUCUUUUGUUUACUUAACUAAAACUACUUGGUUGGAGUUGAGGAAGGAUUGUCUUCAUGGUUCAAAGGAACCAACGUUGACUGUUAGACAGGACCGGUUGUACACCUACCUAGACCAGCUGCAUGUGGACUUAAUUGUCAAAUGUAAUAUUGGGCUUUAUGACACAAUGUAGAUCAUAUUGUAUAUUAUGUAUCCUGCUGGACUUCAGUCUAAACCAAUAUGACAUCUUUAAUGUGUGUUGUGUAUAUAAUUAGACUUUUGUGUUGUGGUUCCUACACUUGCUGUAGGAACCAAUACAUAUGAUCUGUGUUGUGGGCUUGAAACAAAAGAUGGUGCAGGUGUGAUGUCAUCGGGGUAGAGUAAAUAUGUUUCAUUCAGUAUUUUUCAGAAUUUUGGACCCUAUUUUCAAGUGUAAUUCCAUAGGUCUAUAUUCAGUUCUCCUUUCAAUUUUCUCAAAAAAACCCCAAAAAACUAACAGUCCCUGUUCUAAAAGUAGGGAUCAAUUUAUUAAAAUAAAUCUCAGGUGAGCUCUGAUGUCACAGUGAAAUAUCUAGCCAUGACUUCAGGACUUGAAUGGAAAAUAAUACAAGAAGUUUAUGAUAUGAUUUAAAGGUAAGUUUGAGGAUUGCUGUGACUCUAUAAUGAAAGCCUUGAGUUGGAUCGCAGCAGAAUCUCAGGUGCUUUGAAAACCUUACAGCAGGUAGUUGGUUUAAACAGUAUACAGGUUAUUAUAUAUUCAUUUUUAAUAGUUGUUAAAUCUAUCAUAUGUCAAUUUUAAAUAUGAAUUUUUGUCCCAGAUUUAAUUUUUAAAAAGUAAAAUCCAUUUCAAAUCAGAAAAUGUCAUGAUAUAAGUUAAAUCAUAUUCAAAGUAAACUUUGUGCAGUCAGGCUCUUUAUGUGGUUGCACACGUGUGCAUAUGAAAGAGAAAAGAGAUAGAGAGCAAGUGCACAUACACAACUGUUUAUUUUGUCUGUCCGACAAAGCCUGCCAAGUUAAAACCAAAUCUACACACUUGGGGGAAAGAGUCCUCGCUGGAGAAGUAUGAGGGUAAAGUCACUCUAGGAGGAUCUGCAGCAGUGGCUCCGUUGUGUGGGUCUGUGUGCAGGCCUGGUCAACUGCCUUAUUUUUUUUCCUACCCGCAUUCUGACCUGUCCCUAUUCUGCCUCUGAUUGGCUCUGAUGCUGAUAUUCUUACCCUAACCCUUACCAUCUCACUCCUUAUGCCUUGGCAUAGGCACCCCAUUAGAUGGCCAUCUAUCAUUAGACUGCUGUAAUUCCUUAUAAGUUGGUCUUAGUCAGUCUUCCAUAUCCCGCAUGCCACUUAUUUAAAAUGCUGCUGCUCCUCCGUCACUCCUGUGUUGGCCUUUCUUCACUAGUUUCCUGUUCAGCAUAGAAUUAAUGACAACAUCUCACUGUUUCUCCUUAUAUUUCUGACUUUUAAACCUUCCAACUGCUCUGGGUCUUUGAAGUCUUCUGAUUUAAACCCAUAAGUGCCGCCAUAAACACUGUUUUUUCCAUUACACUGUGAUAUUAGUAUGUUGUAUGGGCUGCUAGGUGAUACUGCUACAUCAGUGUUGCUUGUUCUUACACAGCUGAUUUUUUACAUUGGUGACAGUGGUGUCAUGGACACAAAUACCACAAGGCUUUGCCUUAACUUAUCUACUUCCUCAAUAAUACCCCUGUUGCCACUGUUCUGUGGAACAAAUGUAUUAGAGAGCAGUUUACAGACAUGUAAAAUAUGAACAUUCUGUGUAAGAAUGACAAAAAACAACAGCCAUUAUUUGUAUUAUGAAAAACAAUAUGAAUAUUUUCUCUACGCGCAAGAAAUGAAAAUCUCCUUCCAAUGAGCUUACUACCAAACAGCAUCCAUAUGUUGAUUUCUGUCUAAAAAGUUAAACAAGACAAGAGACUCAUAGAGUUUUUGGCAGUUCCUGUUUCGAGUAAUGAUCACACAUUGUAUCUAUUUUUAGCAUAUUUGUGUGAGAAACUGAACCCAACAAGAGUUUCAUCAUAUGCUAUACAUGCGUUGUAGCGUGUGCUUCAGAGCUGACCCUUUAGAAAAUAGUUGGCAUCCUUAAGAGCGAUGGAGGAAAUUUAUGCAAAUGUUGACUCAAGAACUUCAACAAAACAGACAGGUCCAGGGAGCUCACAGAGGAGAUUUCAUGGAGCUCUUCUUGUCUUUCUGGGGCUGCUGAGUGUUUUCCUGCUGGCUGGACUCAUUGGCCUCGGUGUCCACUACCACAGUGUGCGCAGUUCAGCUGAAGAUGUCAUAGACAACCUGACUGAGCGUCUCCAGGACAGUAAUAACAACCUUUCUUCCGUGUCUGAAGAGAGAGACCUGCUGCUUGCCAACCUCACUGAAAUAGCUAAAGAGAUGGAAAAGCUUCAGAGUUUGUCUGUACAGAAGAAAACUUGUCCUGCAGGAUGGAGGAUGUUCAGAUGUUCCUGUUAUUUCCUCUCCAGUGAGUCUGGUUCCUGGUUCACAGGCAGACAGGACUGCAGAGAGAAAGGAGCAGAUCUGGUGGUUAUAGACAGCACUAAAGAACAGACAUUCUUGUCUACCUUCACUGAGGUAGAAACUUGGAUUGGUUUGACUGACAGAGACGAAGAGGGAACCUGGAAAUGGAUUGAUGGAACACCACUGACUUUAAGUUACUGGACGACAAAACAGCCUGAUAAUGGAAAUGGAGAUCCGCAGUGGGGUGAAGAGGACUGUGCACAUAUCAGGGCUGAGGGGAAAACUGGAGACAACUGGAAUGAUCUGUCAUGUGAUACUUCUCUGCGGUGGAUCUGUGAGAAAAAUGCUGGUGUAUAAUAUGUAAAAAUGCUUUUUCAAAGCAAACUAUGAUUUUGCAAAAGGCAAAUCAGUUUGUAUGUGUGUGAAUUUAAAACUUUUCUCUGCUGUGCUGAUGACCUUUUGCUUCUGCUCUGCCUUUUUAAAGAGAUUUCUAUAAAUUAGAUGUUUACAGCUUUUGCCAGAAGAGCUUCAUUAACCAAUUUCCAAUGUUUCAAACAACUAAAAGAAGCAGACAGAUAAAACAAAUCAAACCUCUGCAAAAUGCAACAGAUUCAUAAAAACCUUUAUUUUGAUUAAUGUCUUAGCUAAAGAUUUCAUGAUAGUUGAAAGUUGCAAAAAACCUGAUUGAGACCAUUUCUUAUGACAUCCCUCAUAUCAUAAUUAAACAAUGUAAUAUAGAUUUUGUGUAAUUAUGUCUUAUUAUAAUCAUCAAAUGAAACUUUCCUGAAAGUAAUUUUUAAAUGAAGUGUGUUCAUCAGCUGACAGAUCUCUUUAGCAGAGGCCAUCAGUGUUUGUGAAUUUUACUUGAUAAUUAGUGGUUUCACUCAGGAAACACUUGCUGUUGUGAGAAAAUUAUCAAAUUAUUUUAGAUGAAAUGUAAACCAAAACUAUUCAACAGAUGAGUCAAUAUAAAGUCAGUCAAUUACAACAUAUAAGCACUGUACUGGAGUCAGACGUUUGUCAUGAUGUCCUUUGUAAUGCUGGUAGCUGAUACUGGUUGUGGCUUUUUAUGUAAUUAUGAAAACAAUUAAAAUCUUUUUUAAAUAAUUAAUUUGUUUUCAGUGUCUUUAUGUUUCUUUUAUCAUUAAUUGUGCAGAAAAACCUUGUUCUACUGGGAUGUGAGAGGUCAGCAACAGAUGGGGAUUUCAUUCAUUCAAAACUGAACUUGGUUAAAAGAUGAUCUGUCUUUUCACCACACUCUCAUGCUGUAUUCAACAGGCACUAAGUGAAGAAAACAACUCUAACAAUGAAACAGAACAUCCUGUAUCUCAAUCUAGACAAUCUACUGGAUGAGAUCUGAGACUGUCUUCUCCAGAAAAAUAAAAGCACUGGUUGUUUGUACAAGUGACUUGAGGAAGAGUUCAGGUGGACAGGUGGGUCAGCAAACCAUGUGGCUUUGACAUGAGAGACAGCUGUUCUUUUGUUUACUUAACUAAAACUACUUGGUUGGAGUUGAGGGAGGAUUGUCUUCAUGGUUCAAAGGAACCAACGUUGACUGUUAGACAGGACCGUUUGUACACCUACCAUCCAUCACAACCUCCACCUCCAAGCAUUAAGGUUCCCCAGAGCUGUCUUUUGUGUCUAUAGACCAGCUGCAUGUGGACUUAAUUGUCGAAUGUAAUAUUGGGCUUUAUGACACAAUGUAGAUCAUAUUGUAUAUUAUGUAUCCUGCUGGACUUCAGUCUAAAGCAAUAUGACAUCUUUAAUGUGUAUUGUGUAUAUAAUUAGACUUUUGUGUUGUGGUUCCUACACCUGCUGUAUACACCAAUACAUAUGAUCUGUGUUGUGGGCUUGAAACAAAAGAUGGUGCAGGUGUGAUGUCAUCGGGGUAGAGUAAAUAUGUUUCAUUCAGUAUUUUUCAGAAUUUUGGACCCUAUUUUCAAGUGUAAUUCCAUAGGUCUAUAUUCAGUUUUCCUUUCAAUUUUCUCAAAAAAAUAAAAUAGCUUACUAACCUGUUCUAAAAAUAGAGAUCACUUUAUUAAAAUAAAUCUCAGGUGAGCUCUGAUGUCA